GUCCAAACUCGUCUUUCCUCAGGGCAGAGACCAGCUGGACCCCAAGCUGCCUGCAGAGAUGCUGGGGCCCCGCAUCUGGUCCUCUGUGUGGCCUGGGUUGAGCAGGGGCUUGUCCAGGAAAGUGGGGGGCUGGACCUCAGGAGAGAGAAAGAAGGUGGACAUUGCUGGCAUCUACCCCCCUGUAACCACCCCGUUCAAAGCCACAGCGGAAGUGGACUAUGGGAAACUGGAGGAGAAUCUUCACAAACUGAGCACCUUUCCCUUCAGAGGCAUCGUCGUCCAAGGCUCCAACGGGGAGUUUCCCUUCCUGACCAGCACCGAGCGCCUGGAGGUGGUGAGCCGUGUGCGCCAAGCCAUGCCCAAGGACAAGCUCCUGCUCGCCGGCUCUGGCUGCGAGUCCACCCAAGCCACGGUGGAGAUGACCCUGAGCAUGGCCCAGGUCGGGGUUGACGUUGCCCUGGUGGUGACUCCUUGCUACUAUCGCGGUCGCAUGGACAGCGCUGCCCUCAUUCACCACUACACCAAGGUUGCUGAGCUUUCUCCAAUCCCUGUGGUUCUGUACAGUGUCCCAGCCAACACAGGGUUGGAUCUGCCUGUGGAUGCAGUGAUCACUCUGUCCCAGCACCCCAAUAUUGUGGGCAUCAAGGACAGCGGUGGUGAUGUGACCAGAAUUGGGCUGAUGGUUCACAAGACCAGAAGGCAGGAUUUCCAAGUGUUGGCCGGCUCUGCUGGUUUUCUGCUGGCUGCUUAUGCCGUGGGAGCUGUGGGGGGUAUAUGUGCCCUGGCCAAUGUCCUGGGCGCUCAGGUGUGCCAGCUGGAGCGACUGUGCCUCACAGGCCAGUGGGAAGACGCCCAGAAGCUGCAGCACCGCCUCAUUGAACCCAACACCGCGGUGACCCGGCGCUUUGGAAUCCCAGGCCUGAAGAAAACCAUGGACUGGUUUGGCUAUUAUGGAGGCCCCUGCAGGGCCCCCUUGCAGGAGCUGAAUACCAAACAGGAGGAGGCGCUGCGCAUGGACUUUACCAACAAUGGCUGGCUGUGAGCUGGGAUGCCCAGCUGUUUACAUCUCAGGCGCCAACCCUGUGCCUGGCAUCCACAGAGCAACAUGGAGGCCUAGAGGGCAGACUCAAGGCUGCUUCCCUUUUGUCUCUCAGUCAUCCCUCUGCAGGCUCUGCCUUGUACACUCAUUUUCAGUUCUCCCGGCCCAGGGUUUUUCCACAUCUGUGCUUCAAAUCUGGGCCCUCAGAGACCUUCUUUCUGGGAAGAAGCCCUCUUUUCCUGUACUCUCCCCUGUGCUUCCUCCUACCCCAAGUCUUAUGAUUUAGAGAGCAGUUAGGUCCAGACAGUUAGUGUUUCUUACAUUGGGGUAAAAUGUGAACUUGGAGAGGAGUUCGGCACCCAGUGACCUGACCAGCCUUGGUGGCUCCUAAAAACCCAAUUUCUGCCUCCUUCCAUAGGAGGCACAAGCAUGAAAACCUGGAUUAGAAAGUUCCCUGCUCUUUGAAGGGCUCCUUCCCAAGCUGCAUUCCAGUGCCCUUUCCUAAAUCUAUUUUGAUUCAUCCUCUUGUCUCUCCCCUGGAUCCAAGCCCUCAAGUGCCCUGUGGCGGCGUGGUGGCGUGCCAGAACUGGUCACUAAUGACACCUGGUGGCCGAACACUACAUUCUCCACCACUAUCCUCACAAGCCUGGUCUGAAACAUGAGAGAAGGGGACCUGGCCUGAGAUUGGGACCAGGUUCUCUGUAUAAUCACUCUGCUUUUAUUGUUAAAAUGAUGAAUUUGUACUGCAAUAAAGUU